UUGAUUGUCUCUAAUAUUCGUUAUAAACCUAUCAUAAAAAUCACCACCUCAUUAUGAUAAGGCCUCGGUUUUUUUUUUUAAGCGCAAACGUGCCAUAUUGAAACAUUGACAUACCUCCCUCCGCACACUCCCUUUGGGACUUCGGGAAUUUUCGGACAACGGUCAACGAAACAGCUUCACCUGACAGGCUACCGCGGUGGGCGUGCACACAUUUGCAUUAUGCAAACGAGGGAGGCGCGUCCGCGCGUGAAAGAGCGCUCUCGCGGCGAGGGCGCAACAAACAUGGCGACGGAGCGGAGCGGACACGGGUGUCUUCUAACUUUCAUCGUUGUCCUCUGGAGCUCUGUCAGCGGACGGUCGGAGACGACGAGCCACGACUCCGGCAGUCAGAUCCUGGGCAUGCGGCUGGAGCGCAGCAACAAGCCGGCCGGUACUACAAAGGACGGCAUCAUCCAGUUAACGGAGGAGAGCUGCGUCCAGCUCAGGUUUUACGGGCUACACCUGCGCCCGGACUCAGCAUCCCACAUCAGGUUCGCGGACGAUGCGCCAAACGGGACCUGUGAGGAUUUCACCAAAGACUUGAGCAUCAGCGGUCUCAUGAACGUGAGCAGCUUUGGAUCGUCGGGUUUGGUGAGUGUGAACGUGAAGCCACUGCGUAAAAGUGAGCAGGAGAAGACGUACAGCUUGUGUGUCAGGACUGGUCCGGACGAUAAAUGGUACCGGCUGGGUGAUCACGAUGGAAAGUUGUUGGUCGUGGAGGAGAUCGCAUCUCUGCUGCCUCUUUGGCUCCAGAUCAUUCUAGUGACCUGCCUGCUGGGGCUGUCCGGCAUGUUCAGCGGUCUCAACCUGGGACUCAUGGCGUUGGAUCCGAUGGAGCUUCGCAUCGUACAGAGUUGCGGCACCAGCAAGGAGAAAAAGUACGCGCGUAAGAUCGAGCCCAUUCGAAACAAGGGCAACUACCUGCUGUGCUCGUUGCUGCUUGGAAAUGUGUUGGUGAAUACCACCUUAACCAUUCUGCUGGACGGUCUGAUCGGGUCCGGACUGGGCGCCGUAGCGGCGUCGACGGUCGGCAUCGUGAUAUUCGGCGAAAUCGUGCCGCAGGCGCUCUGCUCGCGGCACGGUUUGGCGGUGGGCGCAAACACUAUCGUCCUGACCAAGUUCUUCAUGAUACUCACCUUUCCCUUGUCGUUCCCAGUCAGCAAACUCUUGGACUUCGUGCUCGGCCAGGAGAUCGGCACCGUGUACAACCGGGAGAGGUUAGUGGAGAUGCUCAAGGUCACCGAGCCGUAUAACGACCUGGUCAAAGAAGAACUCAACAUCAUACAGGGCGCCCUGGAACUCAGAACUAAGACCGUAGAGGACGUCAUGACGCCCCUCAGUAACUGUUUCACGAUUCAAGUCGACGCCGUGCUCGACUUUAACACCAUGACCGAGAUCAUGGAAAGCGGCUACACGCGGAUACCGGUGUACGACGCGGAACGUUCCAACAUCGUAGACGUCUUGUACGUCAAAGACUUGGCCUUCGUCGACCCGGACGACUGCACGACGCUCAAAACGGUCACCAAGUUCUACAACCACCCCGUGCAUUUCGUCUUCCACGACACCAAACUGGAUGCCAUGCUGGAAGAGUUUAAGAAAGGUAAAUCCCAUCUGGCUAUCGUUCAGAAGGUGAAUAAUGAAGGAGAGGGAGAUCCCUUCUAUGAGGUUAUGGGUCUGGUGACGCUGGAGGACGUCAUCGAAGAGAUCAUCAAAUCUGAGAUCCUGGACGAGUCUGAUCUCUACACUGACAAUCGUAACAGAAAGAAAGUGAAUCCUGACAAGAACAAGAGAGAUUUUUCAGCUUUUAAACACGAGAGAGAAUCAAAGUUGAAAAUCUCUCCCCAGCUGAUGCUGGCGGCACAUCGCUUUCUGGCCACAGAAGUUUGCGCGUUCAGUCCGCUGCAGAUCUCAGAUAAGGUUUUACUGCGAAUCCUCAAACACCCCGAUGUGAUCCAAGAGCUGAAGUUCAAUGAAAACGACAAGCGCUCGCUCCAACACUAUUUAUAUCAGCACGGAAAACCCGUCGACUACUUUGUCCUCAUUCUUCAGGGUCGGGUGGAGGUGGAGGCUGGCAGUGAGAAUAUGAAGUUUGAGACGGGUCCUUUCUCAUAUUAUGGAGUGAUGGCGUUGACGGCUCCAUCGCUGGCUGUCACUCCCCCGCUCUCUCCUUCUGUGGUGUCGCAUGGUCUGCGUCGCCUCUCGCUUAAGAGAUUUUCUCUGUUCUCUCGUUUCCCAGAGUUUCGCUCUCCGUCUCACAUGAGCGGUUUGAAUCGCUCGGCGUCGCUGAGUUACACUGAGAGAGUUGAUUCUGUGUCCAUCAGCGGCAGUAGCAGUCAGCUCAACAACACCCCGUCUCCACAAUACAUCCCUGAUUUUAAUGUGCGUGCCCUCACCGACCUGCAGUUUGUCAAGGUCACUCGCUCGCAGUACCAAAAGGGUAUCCUGGCGUCAAAGCUGGACAGCACGCCGCAGUCCCCCGACAGCAGCCAUACACGUCUGGACCUCGCACCCGUCCCACCGCUGACACCCACCAUCACGACGAACCACACCGCAGCGCUGGCGGUGACAAAAGAGAACGGUCCUGUUGAGACCACCUCACUGCUCAACGACAAGAACAGUCUGUCCAAACGCCGGCUGAGCCACACUCAGAAUCAAACACACAUCAACUCGAACUCCAGCCCGACCCCUCACAGUCAACCCAAUGCUCAUCACCACGGCAACAGAAGCCCUACGUCCAUCCCCAACACUCACACACGCCAAAACACUCUCGUCCAAACGAUCAAGCACACCGAGAGUACCAUUUGACGACAAUAAUAUGGGGUUCUGUCAUGGCUCAAACGCUUUCAAACUUUAAAGUCGUUUUCAUGCUGAUGAUUGGAUUCAGGAUGGAGGUGUGUCUCAAAACUCCUGAUGGGUGUGUGUUCUCUUGUUUUUCUCCUCAAGGUUUGGUAAAACGGUUUAGCCUCGUUGAUAAUUUCACUGUGAUUUCUGAGGGCUGCGGGUUCAGCCGGAGGUGACUUUUCAUCCCGUCGCAUGGUUUUCACUUAGUGUAACCCCGUAGAUUCUCCUCCUCUUUUAACGUUUAUCUGGUGUGUUUCGCAUGUGACAAGUAGAGAUGCCCAUAGCAAACGAGGCAUUAUACACUCCAUCAGUAUAUAACCCAGAAUAAUCGUACGAUAUGCACUUUUGAUAAUGUCUCUGAACUUGAAGCAUACAUGUGUAUGCUGUUGGUGUAGUUUUGGGGGACAUUCAAGAGCACUUUAAGUCUCAUUUAUGAGCUAUCGCCUUGGGGACACCAUGGAAUGGGUAACUCAACUUUAGCACAAACUAUAUGUUCCUUUCAAAGAGAGAUUUCUGUCUAGUUUGUGUGGCGUAUGUUGUAGUUAGAUAUUAUUUUGAAAGCAAAGUUCAUUUCUGUGACGUUAUGUAACGGAAUUGUAAUUCUAUGUGACAAACGGGAAGGGAAACUAUGUAAAUAUCGUUUGGAGAUGUGAAAUUUGCUGACAUAGACAAGAUUUGGAGAAUUUUAUGUGCUGCGUAUAUAUAUACAAAACUGUGAGUGAUUUGUAGCACGUAGCACAGCAAAACACCAAACCAGCCCCUGAAGUAAAAAACUAUAUAUAAUUGAAAUAUAUAAAUAUGAAAUAUAUUUAAAUAUAUAUUUAUUUAGUUUAAAUUAGUAUAUCUUUUUGAACUUGAACUUUUGAACUUGCAUGAAAACAAAAUAAUACCACAUAGACUGCAAGAGUUAUAUUUCAUCAUUACAUUUAAAGUAAAGAAUAAAGCAUGUUUUGCACAAACAGAACUAAACUUUUUUUAAGAUUAAUUUCGUUGUAAUGCUUUCACAACAUUUAAAUAAUAUAUUACUGCUGAAAUGUGUCUGGAUAUUUUGAUUUUGAGUUCUCAGAAACAUACUCAGAAAAAUACUGCAAUACAAUUAUUUUUAUUUAAAUCAGCAAAAGUAGGCACAAAUACUACAAAUAUUUUGUGGUUAAAUGUGACCCAGACUCGUCACAUGGUUUCACCUACUUUCUUUUUGUUCAUCACAAAGAUCUGUCAAGACUGUAAAAGUACAUUUCUGUCCAUAGAAAUAGAUCAGGUGCUUAAACAGAAGAUACACUGUGAAUUGAAGAGAAAUUGUACGUUCAUUUUGAUUCUCCUGUUUGCACACUAAUCUCUCUUGCUUGACGUCUCGAACGCUGUUCAGUUUUUUGUCGAUUUCAGACAGAAAGGAUCACGAGUUCACAGUCUAAAGCCUCUUGCACUAAACUUCAAAUCCUCGUUUGAUUUAGUAACACUGCAAGUACACGAGUGCAUGCUCUGAGCUCACUAUUACAAGUGUUCUUUUAUUUCACGAAUUGUAUUACUACCCUGAUGACAUUUCAAUGUAGAAAGAAUUUCAAUGGUUUAUUCAGAGCAGCAUUGCAUUAUUAUUAUUUAUUUUUUGCUUGUUGAAGACUAUGAAAUUGAUUUUUUCCAAUACUGUACUAUUAUUUAUAAAAAAUUGUGUUGCCUUCCGAAGAGAGUUCAUCUAAAGCAAUAAUUUUUUUUUUAAAGAUGUUUAAUGGACUAUUGCACAGUGAGAGAUUUUUACCUCAACUGACAUUUCACGCAUAAAAGUAUUUAGUAACUAAAAACCCAAAAAUGGAGAUGAUCGUCUCAAGCUCAAACUUUGUACGGCAGCGUAAGAUGUUGUAUCAUGACUAAACUACAUGAAAAUUGAAUUUGUGAGAAAUGCAUCGGUCAAAGCCUUUAGCACUUUCAGUUUUAUUUCCUGCGUUUUUCUCUGUGACCACAUUCUCUUAUUGCACAGGGACUUUAUACAGUGGUGUGUGAAAGACUACUAGGCUACUGGAAUUCCUUUGAAUAGGAUGUUGGGUUUUUAUUCAUUUCACUAAUCUGCUUUUAAUGAUCUGCUGAAACUCUACAGGAGGGAAGUUUUCACUUUCUGAAAAACUUUCUUCUGUUUAUUAUUACACCACAGCGGAGGUUCAAGAUCUUGAACGUGUGGUUUCAGAAAUUGCUUAUAUUUUCCACUGUGUAUUAUUUACUUUUACGGGCCAUGAUGACCUAUAGGUUGACCUUUCAAGAGUUCAGGUCUAUCGCAGCAUGCCAUUCCCUUGCGAAAGGUUUGUUGUGGGUUCACUCUAUAAUGAAUGGAAACACACCUGUAUUCCAGUAAUUAAAGUCAUGUUUCAUGGAAUUCAUUGGCUCGGUUACUAGGUUGACUGGCAAUUUUAUUUUGAUUUCAUCAUUUAUUUUGGACUUAGCAUAAAAUACAUAACUGGUGUUUUUAAUGUAUAAUGUUUGUCUUUAUGUGGACUGCUGCUGUUAAAAGGGAAAAUGUAGAAAAGCUUAUGGACUGUACGUAUUUAUUUCCAUGAAUUUUGUUGGUCCUUUAAAGAAUCAAUGUGUGUAUUUUAUAACUAAACUGUUUGAGUUGGUAAAUCUAAAAGAUGUCUCUAUUAAAAUGCCUCUUUUCAGUCGUUGUGACGUUUAUUACAAUGGUGAACUACUGUAGUCACAAACAAAUAAAUG